AUGGUCCGAGUCUUCAAGAUGCACACCAACACCUUCGCCAUCCUCUCUUCGGUUCUCUUCCUCACGCCUUCACUAUGCGCAGCGCGCGUCCUCCCUCCUCAGCCCCCGCGCAUUCUCCCCCGCGGUGACGCACAGUCAUUGCUGUCAUCGUCCGCUACAUCUCUGGUCGACAAAUGCACCUUCACCCUCUUCCACAAGCAACUCAUGACCGCUGCCCGACCAGCUUCGACAAGCGAUGGCAAGAUCAACUACGUCCAAGUCGACAGCUUGGAAGACCACAUGAACGGAAUCACUAUCGAUCUCGCUUCUUCGAGACCCCGGACGGAGCGCAACUCGUAUGUGAAAGUCUCCGCGACGCAGAUCUUCGAGAUCGAUGGACUGGUGGAUGACACCAAGUUGACUAUCUACGGCUCCGAUGGAGAAGAUGCGCUGGUCUUUGAGUACGAUGGGCUGAAAUGGGCGACCGAGGGCGGGAGCAAGAAGUUGCACCCCGAAGCGUGGUGUAACACCGGUUCCUGGGCGGAGAGUGGGAAUGGAAGCAGGCAACGAUCAAUGGAGUGCGCUUUCCCUUGCGCCAAGAUCGAGGACGACGAAGAGGAUGAGAGGGAAGAGCUGCGGUAG